AUGUGCUGGACUCAGUGCAGUAUGGCUAGUCAAGAAACCCCUAAAGCAAAGAAACGCAAGUCAUUAGCAGGCCAAGGACCACUGAAGGAAGCUGUGAGGAGCACUCUCUCUGUGGAGGAGGAGGAGGAGUGGAGUGGGAGGGAGCUGGUGCUCUUGCAGCUACCAUCCAGUGUAUGUGUGGAUAUUUAUCAACUGAAUGGCAAACAGGUUUGUCUUGAUCCCAAUAAGACGUCAACCUUGAAGAUAGAAACCGGUGACAACACCAAGGUAUCCAGGAAAAGAAAGUAUGAAAUAAUUACUCAAGGAGGAGACACACAGACGUGUGUGCUAGUGCCAUCACAAAAACCUGGGCGAUUAAAGGCUGGUCCCCCUGUGUGCAAAUGUCUAAGUCUCCAACAGCUGGUGGAAGUACCGGCUAUUGAGUUGCCACCGGCAAGAGAGGAGAGUGAACUCAAGGUGCAGACGCCCUCAGGCCUCAAACAAAGGUGGAAGCCAUUUGGACACAGAAAGCCAGCAGUGCAAGAGGUAUCAGUCAAUGUCAUGAAUCAGAAGGUGAAAAAGAAGUCCAAGAAACACAGUCAAAAGUAGUACGACCAUGGACUACCAAAUCACUCCCAUUUGCUUUGUGUGAUCUAAGAACAAUUUUCAAUUUGUCAAAAGCUUAGUCAUUUCAAUGAUGUGAUGUCAAGUUACAUUUUUAGCAA